AUGCCAAAUCUUCCGCCGGAGAUCAUCACCGACAUCCUCACUCGGCUGCCGGUAAAAUCCUUGCUUCGAUUCAGGUGCGUUUCAAAACCUUGGUGUACGUUGAUCGACAGUCGUAGUUUUACCAAGUUACAUUUGAACAGAUCUCUGCAAACCGGUUCUAAUCACUACAUCAUUCUGGGAUUUCUGGCUAUAUAUUCCAUAGACUUAAAUUGCCUCGACUCCGCCACCCUAAUUCGCCCGCCUUUUUCUUCCUCGGAUAUUUCCAACUCCUGUAAUGGUUUGGUUCUCGUUUUGGCCACCAAUCCUUAUAUAUGGAACCCUUUUACUAGGAAGUUUAGGGAGUUGCCGGCCAACUCGGUUGAUUAUCCGGUCGGUGUCGAAGUUGUUUCAGCUUAUGAAACAUUCGGCUUCGCCUAUGAUUCCGAAAAUGACGACUAUUUUGUGCUGCGAGUUGUUGAGUUUAGAGGGCCUCAUUUGGAUUGGAUAUCUUCGGAAGCCAAGGUUUAUAGUUCGAAGCUGAAUUCUUGGCGAAGAAUUGGUGAUUUUCCUUAUCAACUCCCAUAUAAACGGGUUUGGGGUGCUCAUUUGAAUGGGGUGCUGCACACAGCCGUGAGAAAUAGUAACAUGGGGUGGUCAAUAAUGGGAUUUGAUGUUAGUAAUGGGAUGCAUUCAGCCAUACCAAUCCCUGACCUCCCGGGCGCGGCAUCUUCGGAUGGGUAUGCUGAGUUUACUGUUGAAGUUCUGGGUGGAUGUUUAUGCUUGGUUUGCCCGCGGAGAAAGGAUAGGACAGAUGUGUGGAUAAUGAAGGAGUAUAGAGUGAAAGAAUCAUGGACUAUGCUGCUUUCAGUUGCUCCGCCGGUUGUUGAGCCCUAUUAUAAAAUAAGCCCCUUGGCUUUUUCGAAAGAUGGUCGGGAGGUGUUACUGAAUCAUGAUGAUAAGCAGCUUAUGUGGUACAAUUUGAAGAAAAAGACGGUUAGAAGUGUAUCUGUUGAUGGAAUGCCGUUUGUAUUUUAUGGUGACGUUUGUGUCUCAAGUCUCGUUCGUCCUGAUGGCUUGGAAGGAGAAGAUGAUGAUGAUCAGGAGAAAAGGCUGAGUAAAAUCAGUAGAAAGAGGGAUGACUUCCUUUCCGAAGGAUUUAAGCUUGUGUUGUGA